AUGAGAGGUAUUGCUUGGAACUGUAGAGGGUUAGGGCAGACCUCUACAGUUCGUGAACUAAAGUCCCUUAUCAGAGCGCGGUCUCCGGAUUUUGUCUUUCUCACUGAACUAAAAGUUGACGCGGCUCCCCUGGUACGUUUACUUAAAUCAAUGCAUUUUUACUUUAACAUCUUUGUGCCGCCUGUUGGAACUGCUGGUGGUAUUAUUUUGCUCUGGAAGUAUGGUUUUAGCUUUGAAUGUAUUGCUUGCUCUCGAAAUCAUAUUUCAGGAAUUGUUUACUCGGACCCCCCGUCCCAUCCCUGGCUUUUAUCCUAUGUGUAUGGUCCCCCCUAUUUCCAUGCGAAGAAACAAUUUUGGCUGGAUAUCAUGAAGUUGGGAGAUAAGUUUGGCGGCCCUUGGUUAAUUCUGGGGGAUACUAAUUUCGUGUUGAGUCAUUCGGAACGACAAGGUUCCUCAGGGACGGACCAAUUCAUACCAUUCAUUUCCAGCCUCGUUGAGUCUCGAGGUCUGAUUAACUUGCUCAUUCAGGGUGAUCAGUUGACGUGGGAUAAUCACAGGGCUGGUAGGAGCCAUGUGAAGUCUGCCCUAGAUAAAGGAAUUGUUAAUGCUGCCUGGCUCAAUCUGUUUCCCAAAACUGUUCUCUGCUCCUCUCAGACGUGCAACUCAGAUCAUAGACCUUUAUGCCUAAUGACUAAUGGUAUGGAAGGGAAGGUUAAAAGAGGUUUCAAGUUUGAAGAAGGGUGGACAAGAGACAAUCGAAGUAACUUGGUGGUUGACCAGGCCUGGAAUUCAGUCUUCCACUCUUGGGCCCCUGCCCGCGCUUUUAGGAGGGUGGGUGCUACUAGGGUCGCUCUUUUGCAUUGGAAUAGAACUCAAUAUGGCAAGAUGGACACAGUCAUUAAAGAACUUGAAAAUAAGCUUAACUGGGUUCAGAGCUUACCUGCGGGCUCCCGUGAUUGGACCACUGAAAGAUCGAUCCGUCGAUCUCUUAAUGAUGCCCUUGAAAGGAAAGAUAUGUACUGGAAGCAGAGGGCAAGGAUUUCGUGGAUUAAGGAGGGAGACAAGUGCUCUAAGUUCUUUUUUCUCUCGGCUACUAUUCGCCAUAGGAGAAAUGCUAUUGAAAGCAUUUUAAACAAUGAGGGUGUUUGGAUUUCGGACAGAGAAUCAAUCGGUCGUGAAUUUGUGAACUUCUUCACGGGAAUAUUUAAUGGGUCAGAUGUUGGCCAGGGUUUCAACUGUAGCCAGUUUUUCCAAGAACGGAUUCAGGAAGAGGAAAAGGAGGAACUAGUUAUUUGCCCUUCUCAGGAUGAGAUUAAGCGUACCCUAUUUGAAAUGGGUAACCAUAAAGCUCCUGGUCCAGACGGGAUGUCUGUACUAUUCUUCAAACAUUAUUGGGAGACGGUCGGGGAAGACUUUUGCAAGGCGGUUUCUGACUUCUUUGUCACUGGUAAUAUGCAUAGGGGUAUCAACACUACGAAUAUUGUUCUAAUCCCAAAAGUCCCUAACCCAACCCGUACUAAUCACUUCCGCCCUAUCUCCCUCUGCAAUGUGCUUUAUAAGGUCAUAUCCAAGAUCAUUGCAAACAGAAUUAAACCUCUUCUGCCGACAAUCAUUUGCCCUACCCAAGCCGCGUUUGUGCCUGGAAGGACUAUUCAGGACAACAAUGUUAUUGUGCAAGAGAUAAUCCACUCGUUUAAUAGAAAGAAGGGCAAGGAGGGAUUUUUUGCUAUAAAAAUUGAUCUGGUAAAAGCGUACGAUCGGCUGAGCUGGAGAUUUAUUGACCAUGUCCUCUCUUGCUAUGGGAUUCCUCUACAGUUUCGGCGGUGGAUAUCACAGGCCAAUGUGAGGGAGGCUAAAGGCGUUUGGCAUUGCCUUGAACAAUUUUGUGCUUGGUCGGGACAACAAGUUAAUAGGCUUAAAACAACAAUCUUUUUCAGCAAAAACACUCCCCCGAGUAUGAAAAGAGUGAUUAAGGAAACUCUUGGUAUUGGGUCUCCGGUAGGCUAUAUUAAAUAUUUAGGGCUUCCGUUAUUCCGGUCUAAGCAAAAGGAUGCUGACUUUAACUUCAUUAUUGAGAACCUCACUUCUAAGUUACAAGGCUGGAAGGCGAAAACCCUUUCUAAGGCUGGGCGUGCUACCCUGAUCAAAUCAGUAGGUCUUUCAAUGCCGAUGUACGCAAUGCAAACCACCAAAUUAUCCAACCGUCUGGUUAGCAAAAUUGAUGGGAUGGUGAGAGAUUUCUGGUGGGGUUUUGACAAAGGAAACCAUGGUGUGCACUUAAGAGCUUGGGAUAAGCUCUGUCUCCCGAAGUCCCAUGGAGGUCUUGGAUUUAGGAAGACAAGAGAGAUGAACUUGGCGUUCCUGGCGAAAUGGGGAUGGAACUUGUUGAACGGGUGCAAUUCUCUUUGUUGUCGGAUUUUGCAAGCAAAAUAUCUAAAAGGGAAGGAUCUCUUGAGUCAUAAAUAUAAGAGCUCGGAUUCGUGGUUUUGGAAAAAUGUGAUCCGAGCGAAUGUGGUACUGAGGAAGGGUGCCUGUAAACUGGUUGGUGAUGGUCAAGAUACUAGCGUUUGGAGGGACCCUUGGAUACCACAUGGUAAAGAUUUUUCCCCGAAGCCAGUUGUUUCGUAUGGUAACGAGGACUCUAAGGUGGCUGAUCUUUUACUCCCCAAUGGGGGCUGGGACAUUACUAAACUUAAUGCUCUGUUUAAUCAAGAAACGGUUACUGCUAUUUUAAAAGGGGGUCAUCCCUCUGGUCAAGGUAGGGAUAGGUGGGUUUGGACUCUGGAACGGAAUGGCAAGUUCUCCUGCAAGUCCGCUUACCUAACCCAGGCUUUGGAGAGAGCGCCUCCGUGUGAGGUUGCUCCUUCUCUCUGGAACAAACUCUGGAAUAGUAAGGUUCUUGAGAGACAUAAGAUGCUUUGGUGGUGUAUUUUGUCCAAAGCCCUUCCUAUUCGGGCUGAGAUUAAUAAAAGAUUCUCUAUUGAAGAUUCUAGUUGUCCUCUAUGCGGGAGGGGGGAAGAAACUUUUGAACACUUAUUCCUCUCUUGUGAGGUGGCUUUCCACCUUUGGCGAUCUUCCCCCUGGGGUAUUUAUCCAGUCUGUAAUACUGGUAUUCAACCUUGGGACUGGGUAAAAUUCAUUUGGGACCUUAAGCACAAGGGGGUAAAUGCGGAUGAUGUUUUUCUCUAUGCUUCGAUCACUGUUGACACCAUCUGGAGGAUACGUAAUGAUAAGUCCCUCCCCGUUGCUGGACUGGAGGCCCCCCCACCGGAGUGGAUCAAGCUUAAUUGUGAUAUCAAAGUGGGGCUGGAUAGCAUGUGUUCAGCUGUGGUGGCCAGGGAUCAUCUUGGCAGGGUUCUUCGGAUUACAACGGCCAGGCUAGACUUCGUUGAUGUGUUGUGUGGCGAAGCAGCAGCUUGCUGCUUGGCGGUUGAAACAGCUUUGGAUCUUAAGGCUAAUUUUAUUAUUGUGGAGAAUGAUUCGAGUGUGGUGAUCAAUGCUCUUACUGGGAAGGAGUCUCAAUGGGCGCUUGAGAACUACAUCUCCUUUUGUAAUAGAUCUUCUCCUUUAUUUUCUAGUUGUGUUUUUUCUUAUGUUAGCCGAACCUGUAAUUUUGCGGCCCAUAACGUGGCCAAGUGGGCGUUCACCCACAAGACAUUUGGUGUUAUUCCGGUUUCUUCAAUACCGGUCGACCUAUUAUGUAAUGACCGCGAGGUCUAA